AUGGGACUCGUGCUGCUCAUCGCCGUCCCGCUGCUGCUGCAGGCGGCCCCGGAGAGCGCGGCGCACUACGAGAUGAUGGGCACCUGCCGCAUGAUCUGCGACCCCUAUAGCAGCGCCAGCGCCCGGGCCGGCGGCCCCAGCAGCACGGCCGCCGUGGAGGCGCUACAGGACCUGAGCGCCAACCCCCAGCCGCCCUUCCUCCCGGGACCCAAGGGGGAGCCCGGCCGGCCGGGCAAGCCGGGGCCCCGGGGCCCUCCAGGGGAGCCGGGGCCCCCCGGUCCCAGAGGGCCGCCCGGAGAGCGGGGAGACUCGGGCAAGCCGGGGCUGCCGGGGCUGGCGAUGGCCGGGGCUGGCGCUCCCGGGGCGGCAGGGGGUGGUGUCGGCCCCGGGGCGGGCGCCGCGGGGGAGGUGAGCGGGGCGCUGAGCGCGGCCUUCAGCGGCCCCCGGAUCGCCUUCUACGUGGGGCUGAAGAGCCCCCACGAGGGCUACGAGGUGCUCAAGUUCGACGACGUGGUGACCAACCUGGGCAACCACUACGAGCCGGCCACGGGCAAGUUCAGCUGCCAGGUGCGGGGCAUCUACUUCUUCACCUACCACAUCCUCAUGCGCGGCGGGGACGGCACCAGCAUGUGGGCGGAUCUCUGCAAGAACGGCCAGGUGCGGGCCAGCGCCAUUGCGCAGGACGCCGAUCAGAACUACGACUAUGCCAGCAACAGCGUGGUGCUGCACCUGGACUCGGGGGACGAGGUGUACGUCAAGCUGGAUGGAGGCAAAGCACACGGAGGCAACAACAAUAAGUACAGCACUUUCUCUGGCUUUCUUUUAUACCCCGAUUAA